AUGUCCCUCGUACAAUACUCCGAGUCGGACUCGGAAUCAAAUGCAGAACCCGUAUCCCCCCCAUCCAAAAAGCCCCGCCUCACCACCGGGGCCAGCUUACCCCCACUCCCACCAGCCUUCCACGACCUCUACGCGUCUGGCACGCGGGUCAGCGUAAAAGAUGACCCGAGCUUGCAUGGAGGUCGCAAGCGCGUCGUUCCACAUGUGGAAGGCAACUGGCCUAGUCACCUCUACUUGGAAUGGUACCCGGCCAAGAACGAACUAGCUCUCCUUGCAGAUCUCAUCGCCCAAGCGCAAGGCCAUUCCAAUGGACAGAGCAUACACAGUCUAUUGCACAGUGACCUGGGCGCUCAGCUCCCGCUUCACAUUAGUCUUUCGCGACCUGUAGUACUCCGCACCGAGCAGCGGAGCUCGUUCACAGAGCUUCUUCAGAAAUCCAUCCGCGGUUCACACAUCGCUCCAUUCUCAGUCCUCCCUGAUACCCUAACAUGGGUUUCCAAUUACGAGAAAACUCGCUGGUUCCUCGUCCUGCAUGUCGCAAGGCCGCAAAACAAUGAGCUGAACAAUCUGCUCCAUUUAUCCAAUCGCGCCUUGGCAAGCUUUGAUCAGCCGCCGCUUUAUGCGCCCUCGCGUGAUUCUCGCCCCCGUGCGUCAAGUGCGCGUGACCGUCAGCGUGUCGACUACUCGGACUGCUUCCAUAUUUCGAUUGCGUGGAGCUUGACUGGGCCAGCCGAGGAGGAUGUGGAGCGUGUUCAGGGUAUUGAUUUGAUUGAGGUAAAGGGCCUUGAGGUGCGAUUUGAUAGUGUUAAGGCUAAGAUUGGAAAUCAUGUUGAGAGUAUAUCUCUUUCCAAGACUACUUGA